AUGCCUCCUCGACGCGCCCCUUCUAUAGCCUCCGUGGCUCCCUCCCGUCCUGCAAGCCCUGGCGCAGGAGAGGAAGAAGAGAUACCGUACUUCGACUCCGUCGACGAGCUCCAGCAGCAUGGUAUCAACGUCCAAGAUAUCCUCAAGCUCAAGUCUGCCGCUAUCAACACGGUCUUUGGUGUUAGCAUGACCACCCGCCGUCAGAUGCUCAAGAUCAAGGGCAUGUCUGAGGCAAAAGUCGAGAAGAUCAAGGAAGCCGCCUCGAAAAUUCUCGGAUCGUCGUUUGCCACUGGCGUCGAGGUUCAGGACAAGCGCAAGAGAGUGCACGCCAUUAGCACCGGAAGCAAGAAUGUAGAUGGUAUAUUGGGUGGCGGCAUCAUGUCGCAGUCCAUCUCGGAAGUAUAUGGCGAAUUCCGCACGGGUAAAACGCAGCUCGCACAUACUAUGAGUGUCAUUACACAACUGCCUCCCGAACUCGGUGGAGCAUCCGGAAAGGUCGCAUAUAUCGACACUGAAGGAACUUUUCGCCCGGACCGCAUUCGUUCCAUCGCUGAUAGGUUUGGCGUAGACGGAAACAUGGUUCUUGAGAAUAUCCUUUAUGCUCGAGCGUUCAACAGCGAACACCAGAUGGAACUCAUUAACGAAUGUUCAAUGCGGUUCGCAGAGGACAAAGACUUCCGGCUUCUCAUAGUCGACAGCAUCAUGGCCCUCUUCCGCGUCGAUUAUUCGGGCAGAGGAGAACUCAGCGAGCGCCAGCAGAAGUUAGCCCAAAUGCUGUCCAAGUUGACGAAACUUUCGGAAGAAUACAACAUCGCGAUUCUCCUCACAAACCAAGUGCAAUCUGAUCCCGGUGCAACUAUGACAUUUGUCGCUGGCGGCGCUUUGAAGCCCAUUGGAGGCCACAUCUUAUCACACGCCUCGGCAACAAGGUUGUUCUUGCGUAAAGGUCGAGCCGAAGAACGAGUCGCCAAACUGGUUGACAGUCCGGAUCGUCCUGAAAGCGAAGCAUCCUAUAAACUCGACGAAGGUGGAUGGGCUGAUGUGUAG